UGAGAACACAAUACACACAGCAAAUAUCCAUCCAUCCGCAGCCAGUAGAGCGAUGGCAUCAUCCAACAAGUCCACUACUGCUUCCCCUGCGCUCCUAUUCCUAGCCGUGGCACUCAUGUUAAUGGCUUCGGUGCACGCCAAGUCGUCACCACCAGCUCCGACCCCUCCUCCUCCUCCUGUCAUAAAACCUGCACCGAAGCUAGUGCCAAAACCUUCACCGACUCCUGCUCUGACGCCUGCUCCAACGCCUGCACCCACACCAGUACCGACUCCUGCCCCGACGCGUGCUCCAACACCUGCACCCACACCCGCACCGACCCCUGUGCCGACUCCAGCCACUACCCCUGCACCGACCCCUGCUCCAACUCCAGCCCCAACACCCGCACCAAACCCUACACCGACUCCUACUCCGACGCCCACGCCGACCCCUACACCGACACCAACACCCACACCGACCCCUGCUCCAACUCCAGCACCGACCCUUGCACCGACACAUGCACCGACGCCCGUCCCAACCCCUGCUCCAACUCCAGCGCCGACACCUGCACCGACCCCUACACCGACUCCUGCUCUGACGCCUGCUCCAACGCCUGCACCCACACCAGUACCGACUCCUGCCCCGACGCGUGCUCCAACACCUGCACCCACACCCGCACCGACCCCUGUGCCGACUCCAGCCACUACCCCUGCACCGACCCCUGCUCCAACUCCAGCCCCAACACCCGCACCAAACCCUACACCGACUCCUACUCCGACGCCCACGCCGACCCCUACACCGACACCAACACCCACACCGACCCCUGCUCCAACUCCAGCACCGACCCUUGCACCGACACAUGCACCGACGCCCGUCCCAACCCCUGCUCCAACUCCAGCGCCGACACCUGCACCGACCCCUACACCGACUCCCGCUCCGACGCCCGCGCCAACACCUGCACCGACACCUACACCAACGCCUGCCCCGGCACCAUCCCAAAACCCAUGCCCUUCCGGCUUUCCUAACUCGGUCUCAUUUCUUCAAGGCGUCAAAGAUUAUCUUCUUCGCGGCAUCUUUCUCAUCUUGUCCCCUGUCAAGGUCACCCCAGGCACCAGCACCACAACAUGCCUUUGCUAUUUCUCUACCAACACCACCAUCCCCGUUCCCUUGUUGCCCCCCAUUGUCAAGCCCAACGUCAAGGGCCCUCUCGCAUGCGUGCAAGGCCCAAUAUGAUGGGCACAACAGAAUUGAUUCAGCAUGCUGGCACGCACACACGGCAAAAAUGUGCGCAUGCAGGCAUGCAUGCAUGUUUCAACGAUUCACACCUAUUUACUCCUACUAUAUAUCUAUAUGCACACUACUACACAGUACAUGAAUAAGUUACUCCCCGUCGCGUCGUCUCUGCAUGUGCAUGCAGUCUGCAUGAAUGCGGAGACUAAUUCAUGCAUGUGUUACCCUACAUACAACAGUGGCAUGUAAGAGGAGUACGUUGGCUCACUAUAUGAAGAAAGAUGAUGUAAUAUGUGACAUGUUUGUGUUGUUAUACGUGCUCAUCAUACCAAAGAUAUAUAC